GGCAGUUCAAUGUGUUAGGAUAACGUAAUUGUCAAUGUUUGUACUAAACACCUUUCUUUUUUACGCUCUGGUGGUAAACCACCUCCACGAUGGCUUCGCCAUUUCGCCCCACUACGUUGCUCUCAGCUACGGCUUCACUUGCGUUCCGCCUUGCCUCGCUCCACUGCGUUUGCUCACCCCCCCGAUUCCCACAUCGCUGCACUCGCGCUGCUCUCCGGUGACAGGUCACCUACGUUUUGCUUCCGCUUCACUCAUUGUGCGGGCUGCAGGCCCUUUUCUCCUCGUCGCCGAAGGCUGUCCAUCGUCUAUCAAGCACGCGCAGCGGGCCCUAUAGUUUGUUGUUGAUAGACGAUGGCCCUUGGGCCCGGUACCAAAUGCGCAGCUAAAUUUGGUGUCUAGCUGUUAGAGCACUUUUUGGGGCCAUGGCCCUUCACAAAAAUGCUGGUGACUAAGAAAAAGCUUUGGCUUUUUCCGUGGUAAAGCCGGGAGCGAGGGACGAGGCGGGAGGCUGUAAGUGACUCGGUAAUCGA